AUGCUUCUCCACGAGGCGCUUGUGCACACAGAGUGCCCCAUCUGCCUGCAGCCACUCGACUACCGUCUUCGGCCCCCACCUAGUCGCCCUGCCUCUCCGCCCUCCUUCGGCACCUCUACAGUGGCGGCCACUGGUAGCGAGACCACGAGUAGCACGACUGCGUCAGGCCACUCCCCACGCUCGCCGCUGCAGCUGAGUGGGUCGAACGCCUCGGGAAGGGCAGGUGAGUUCUGCAUCACGUUUGCACCUGGAGUAUACGGGAGCGAUGCGACAGAUCCGUGGCGCCCAAGCCUCGCCGUCCUGUCUCCAGCGUCCCCUCAUGAAGCACCAAGCCCGUCGGGGCAGCACAUCGUUGCGCACAGCGAGCUGUGCUCACCCUUCAGCGGCCGUGGGGCGGAUCUGUCUGGCAGCGGUCACACCGCCAACAGCAGCAGCGACGAAGGUGCCGCCGGUGUUGUGGUGCUGCCGUGCGGACAUCUUCUGCACUACCUAUGCGCUAUGCAGCUGUGCGAGUACGCCAUCCAUCCGUCCUGUCCCGUGUGCCGGCUGAAACUCGCCUCCGGCGCCGAUUUGAUUCUCUUCCGUCCCCAGCUGCGAGUGUCGUUGAUCGCCGCAGCCCAGGCGUCUUCCGGCGUCUCUUUCGACGGCGUUUACAUCGAGGGAGAGCAUAACAGCGCCAUCAGCGUGCGAAAGCGUUCUCGGCUGGAAGAGGCGGAGAGGGAGGACGACCAUAUGCAGUGUACGGAUGGCCACCUAGCGGACGGCGAGGACACCAGCAGUGUGCAGGCGUGCUCGCCUCAGUCGGGAUCGCAGCGAGGCUGCGUGCCGGGUCCUGCUGUCGCGCACACCUCGACGUCUCAAUCCGGUGGCGAGCUCAGUGCCCCCCUGCUCAUUCUCGGGGACGAUUUAGAGCCGACAGACACCUGUGCGGCGCCGAAGACGCAGGGUUCGCCUGCCACAUCGCGCCAGAGCAGCGGCGGCGAUGCAGACGCAAACCAAGGCGAGGACGACAUUAUGAUCAUCGGUGCCCGUCAACUCCCGCCCUCCCAGGCCUACGCAGAGCUGCUGCUCCGCACCACUGCAACGUGGGCAGCGCGGGCAGAGACGCUGAAGGCGCGAGUGGAACACCUUGAGAGGAGUCAGCAACUGCUGCAGAGCGACUGCACUGAGCUCGAGCGCACCCUCACCGUUGCGCGUCGUCGCCGAGAAGUGUUGCUGAAUCUCCCAUCGUCGAAAGAUGAGCAGGAUGCGCUUCCAUCGGCUCAGAGGCUGCGUGAGCUGCGCCGCCUCUGUCUUGAGACACGGACAGCCAUGUCGUCCACUACGACACAGCUGGCAGAGGCGGUCCGCGGCCACGCGGAGGUGCGGCGGCAGACAGAGAAGUACAUGCGCAAGUUGUCGAGGCUAGAGUCUGGAACAGGAAUCGGGAGAGCUGGCGGCGACACCACCACUGCCGCCGCGGCGAAAGCAGGCCUACCGCCACCGCUAUCGCGACGGCAGCCGCCACAAGGAGGUGCAGCACCGGCGGGGGAGGCAGCAGCAGCGGCGCUCGAUGGCCCACACUGA